AUGUACCAUGCGAGCUCCAGUCCUGCGUGGUUGCCGCCGCCGGAGAAUACCGGACCCUACCUCUCCCCACCAGAUCCAUACGGGGCAUACGGGGAUGCCUCUCAGUCCUAUGUAUCGUUUCCAGGCACGCAAUCUUCGAAUUCUUUCGUUGCAAGUGGGUCCCAGCUUGCACUGGAUAAGCCAACGUCAGGACUACGUGGGACUCUUAGGAAGCCUCGCCAUCUGGCAUCUCAAUCCUUUUCAAAUCUCAGAGACGCGCUGAAUGAGCAGAUAAGCCCCCCAGCGGAAUUAAUUUGCCAGAAAUCAAGGCUGGCUUCCCAGUCUGUUACGAACCUGAACGAAACCUUCCACGAAAAGACGACGCAGUACAUGGCUCAGACCUCUGCACUUUGUGAUGCCAUCUCUAACAAGCUCGAUGAGAUAUUAACGUGCAUAGAUUCGGGGAGAUUCGGAGGCGAGACGGAACCAGUCAUGCACCAGUACCCUCAAUAUCAACAGCCGCAGUACUCGCCGCCGCUUGGCUAUGAGAACGAUCCCAAAGGAACCCAAUCGGGUCAGCUGUCCACCCAGACGAACGCAAAUCAUUUCAGCAAAGUUUGGCUAUACGGCAAUUCCCGUCUUCCGCCAUACUUGCCGCCUUUGAAAGUUUAUAUGCCAACUUGGCCUCUUUUGUGCCUGGCCGCUCAAUAUUCGGAGAAAGCCUAUUACCGGCCAACUGGAGGAGAGUCUGAGACGCAUGUUGAUGCCAAUUGGCGAAGCGGUACAAAAGCAAUGGUACUAAAGAGUGUUCCCGUCGACGACAUGAACACGAUAGUAUUCGCUAUCCGCGGCAGCCAAACUUUCAUGGAUUGGGCAGUCAACUUCAGGCCGGCGCCGUCUUCCCCGAAGGACUUUCUGGACGAUCCGGGCAAUAUGGUACACGCUGGCUUCCUCUACGUCGCACGGAAGAUGGUUGCACCAGUAGCAGCACGUCUACGGACCCUUCUUUCCGAGAACCCGCACCGCUCCACCUGCUCCCUCCUCAUCACGGGCCACUCUGCCGGCGGCGCCGUCGCAGCCCUGCUCUACGCGCACAUGCUUUCGACGACGGUCCAAUCCGAACUCACGCGGCUAACCGACUUCUUCAAACGCGUCCACUGCGUCACGUUCGGCGCGCCGCCCGUCACUCUGCUGCCGCUCUCGAAGCCGCCCAGCCCCCGCCAUAAAAAAAGCCUCUUCUUCGCCUUCAUCAACGAAGGCGACCCCGUCAUCCGCGCCGACAAGGAAGUCAUCAAAAGCCUACUUCGGCUGUACGCCAACCCCGCGCCGCACAACAGCAGCCUGGCGACGCUCUCAAGCGCCACGCUGCAGAGCUCGGCCAACCUCCUCGGCGUCGGCAAGAAGGCGGCGGCGGCGGCGAAGCGUCCGCACCAGCCCAAGGCGAGCAGCUGGUCCGCGCCUGCGCCCGCGCACCUCUUGCCCAUGCCCUCGUGGAAGGUCCCGCCCGGCACGCUGAGCUGCGCGGGGAAGCUGGUGCUCCUGCGCGAUCGCCCCGGCGCGAGACACCCUGGUGCCGCCUUGCAGCACUCGCACAACGACCACGACCUCGAGGCUUGCGUCGUCGAGGACGAGCAGCUGCGCGCCGUCAUCUUUGGCGACCCCGUCUGCCAUAUGAUGAGGUUGUAUGCGAGGAGGAUCGAGGUCUUGGCUACGAGGGCGGUGACGGUGGGGGGGAUGGGAUGA